AUGGGGACCUGGAUUUUAUUUGCCUGCCUCCUGGGAGCAGCUUUUGCCAUGCCUCUACCACCUCAUCCUGGGCACCCUGGUUAUAUCAACUUCAGCUAUGAGGUGCUUACCCCUUUGAAGUGGUACCAGAGCAUAAGGCCACCGUACCCUUCCUAUGGUUACGAGCCCAUGGGUGGAUGGCUGCACCACCAAAUCAUCCCCGUGCUGUCCCAACAGCACCCCCCGACUCACACCCUGCAGCCUCAUCACCACAUCCCAGUGGUGCCAGCUCAGCAGCCCGUGCUCCCCCAGCAACCAAUGAUGCCCGUUCCUGGCCAACACUCCAUGACUCCAACCCAACACCACCAGCCAAACCUCCCUCCGCCCGCCCAGCAGCCCUACCAGCCCCAGCCUGUUCAGCCACAGCCUCACCAGCCCAUGCAGCCCCAGCCACCUGUGCACCCUAUGCAGCCCCUGCCGCCACAGCCACCUCUGCCUCCGAUGUUCCCCAUGCAGCCCCUGCCUCCCAUGCUUCCUGAUCUGACUCUGGAAGCUUGGCCAUCAACGGACAAGACCAAGCGGGAGGAAGUGGUGAGUAUAUUUUGA